UGUUCGUUGUGUUGUCUUGUGGGUGACGACGCAUGCGUCGCUUAGCACCACCUAUGUCCGUGAAGAAGUCGCAACCGUCAAACACGAACCCGAACUACUACUGUGAAGGAAGCAUUCGCCGUUGAGAGUGUUACCGUUCAGUUGAGCAGUUGGUGAGAGCUGACUGGCUUGAAUCAGCCUGAACAGAGUCAGUCAUGGUUCUCUCUACUCUCCUCCUACUGAGUCUUGGCCUUCUAACUGCUCAAGCUCAAGAGUGCUCCAGGCCUGUUGGAGGGCCCAACAUGGGUUUGAGUGACAAGGACAUUCUUUUACAAACGUUCCCAGAUGGGCACAGAGCUUCCUUUCGCUGUGAUGUGGGCUACACUCCUGCAGGAGGGUCUGCAGUCAUCACUUGUACUGCUGGGAGUUGGAGUCCUGUGCGGCUUACAUGCGAGAGAAAGAACUGUGGCUCAGUUGGACCAUUACUUAAUGGACAGGUUGACUACCCUAAUGGACCACUGUUUGGUGAAAAAGCUGUGAUCACUUGUAAUGAAGGUUACAUACUGGUUGGUCAGAGAGAGAUCAACUGUGGAGACCAAGGGUGGUUGGAAAGGUUACCUGAAUGUGAAGUGUUGAAAUGUGAUCCACCAGCUGACAUAACAGAUGGCAAAUUCAGUCCAAACAAAGAAUCCUAUGAAUACAGUGAAGUUGUACAGUACAGCUGUGUAAAUGACUAUACACUCAAUGGAUCAAAAUCAUUAUCAUGUUCUACGGAUGGAAAAUUCACACCUGAUCCUCCAACAUGUACCAGGGUUGAAUGUACUGAUCCUAAGAUUGAAAAUGGCACAUGGAAAGAAGGUGCUCGACCUCCAUACAGGUACAAGAGUGCAGUGACACUCCAGUGCAAUUCUGGAUACAUUAUGAAAGGAGCAUCUAUCCAGACAUGUGACAUAAAUAGUCUGUGGUCUCCUGGACUUCCACAAUGUACACCGGUUAAAUGUACAGAUCCCAAGAUUAAAAAUGGUGAUCGGAAGGAGGGUUCUCAACCUCCAUAUAGAUACUCAUCUACAGUGACGCUGGAGUGCCAUUCUGGAUACAUUAUGAAAGGAGCAUCUACCCAGAAAUGUGACAUAAAUGGUCUAUGGUCACCGGGACUCCCAGAGUGUAAACUGGUUGAGUGUACAGAUCCCAAGAUUGAAAAUGGUGAUUUGAUGGAAGGCUCUCAGCCUCUAUACAGACACUUAUCUAAAGUGACCCUGCAGUGCAGAUCUGGAUACAUUAUGGAGGGAGCAUCUACCCAGACAUGUGACAUAAAUGGUUUAUGGUCACCUGGACUUCCAGAAUGUAAAUCGGUUGAAUGUAAAGAGCCUACCAUUAAUAAUGGUGUUUUGAAGAAGACUUCUCAAGCCCCAUAUAAAUACUCAUCUACUGUGACAUUUGAGUGCGAUGCUGGAUACUCUAUAAAAGGAUCACCUACCCAGACAUGUGGCAGUGAUGGGCAGUGGUCACCUGGACUACCAGAAUGUGCAUCCAGGGCCGGUGACGUCGGUAAAUAUGUGGGGAUAACUUUUGCAGUGCUCGUGGUUAUUGCUGGGGUAUUCCUUUGUUGCAUCUACAAAAAGAAACGCUCUCGGAAAACUGACAAAGAGGCUCCAAAACCUGGAGAGGAUGUAGCACUCUCGUAAACAUCGCAGUCCUGUUGGUCCAACAUUACUGGCUGUAAACAUGGAUUCUUGAGAAGAGACAUGUCCCUGGACCAAUCUUUGAAUGUAGGUGCCCUCCCUGUGCAAUGUGGAUGGCAGGAAUUUGUGAAAACCUCUGAAUGCCAGCGUGAGACUUAGAAACUGUUGCAAAUUUAGGUCAAUCCAUUUAGUUUAUGCUAUAAGUGGCUUUUCUGAGUAGUUCAAAAUAAUAACAACCUCUUGUUUUCCAAACAUCAGUGAUGUUUGAGUUUUUCAAUUCUGGAAAUUAGGAAGGAGUGGAAUUUCAUGUUUAUCCGAGAAGCUUAGACGCUACAUUGACUUUGAACUUUUGCACUAUAACACAGAGCACAUCUCUGCUUGGCCAUUGCCUUAAGUCUGCAGAAAUCAUUGUUCUUUCAUAUAAGUCGUUAGGAAUAAAUUUAUUUUGAACAACAACAUAAAAAGCAGUUUUAUUUUAAUGCUUAAUAACCAAGCGGAUACCCUGUUAAUAUUCGCUUACAUUGGAAAUUGCACCAUUGGUGUAGCUGUAAUUGAAAUUGUUGAUGCCACAGAAAAGUUUUGUUUGUAAAGGAGAGGCUCCUCGGUUACAACCAGUCUGUCAAUCUUUAAACUUUCAUCACUUUAAUGGAAACAUUAGGGUCUGUAAAACAGUCCCUAGCAUAGUGCCUGAACGUAUGGUGUGUACAUAUAAUAUGCCUUAAUGCAAAAAGUGUUUCAGUGUGUUGUGUCUCAACUGUAUUUGUUUUAAUUACACGACUGUUGUUAACUAACUUUAGCCUGAUAUUUAUACCAAAAAGUUAGCCAUAGUUAAUGCUGGGUUUUUGUGCUGUGUAGUUCCACCAAAUUCAGUAAUGGUACGUGUCCAUGGGGGGCUUUUUUGGACAUGAGGGGUCACAUCGCUUCCAAGCAUUAAACGCUUAAUAGAAAUGCAACUAGGCAGCAUCAUGAUAGAUGACUGACAGGGAGCCAGUACAGGCCAAACCCUCCUACAACAGGGCAAACACUGGCUGCACCUGACUGGACAGACACUAGACCUGUAGAUUGUUUGUUCCUCAAUUUCAGACAUGGCUUCUGGAUGCCUCUGAUUUGCAUAAAGUAGCCUAGAACUUAAUUUAAUGCAAAUGAAGAGUGGGAAAUGUAAUGCACCAUCUCUUGAAACACAGUGCUACCAGAAUGCAUUGCACAGCUGCUUGCAUAGACAAUGAACAGGAAGUGCUGAAAUGAUAGAUCCUGUGGAUGCGUACCAUAUGUUUUUGUUAACAAAGAAAAAAAUGAUCUUUAAUAAUAUAAAUUCAGGUUUUAUGCCAUCUAAAUUAUUAAUUGUUCUUCUUGUAGGUAUUUCAUAUUCAGUGGCUCAGGCUUUGUAUUAUUUUUUUCACCACUAACUGUCCAGAGGAUGAGAAAUAUUGUGAACAUUAGGACACAAGUAUGUUGUGUGAGUGUGGUUACAAGUUGUGGAGAACGUAAUUUCUGACAAUUUUGCACUUCCUUUGCUUUCUCUUUAUUUAUUCGAAUUUAAAAAAAAAUUCCUAUCAAGCCCCCUAAAUGUCACAGUCAGAUUUUUUUAAGGACUACAUUUGUGUUUCCUUGUAAUAACUCCUGUCAGUAGCAAAAAGGGCAGAUGAUGUGACCCUUUACAUGAUGCUUUUAUUGCUUGCUAUGCAUCUUGAAAGGCCAGUUUCCAGCAGUAUUCAGCUGCUGGAUGUGGCUGUGAAGGUAAAGUUAUGGCCGGAUAUAUGGUUAUUGUUGCGGUUCAGUUUAUGAUGCCAUAUGUCCAGCUGUUACUAUUUGGCGCUUGUACGACAGAUGUGUGCAUUUGGGGGUUCAACAAAUACAAUGGUCAUUCAGCAAAACAACCACUGCACCCACACUACUGUUGUAUGUAGUCAGCAUGACAACCAUUAAAAAUGAAUAUCUCACAGCCAGAAUUGUAGUAAUGGCUGGAGCCACAGCUAUAUUAUCCAAAGGCUGCAGUGAAAAAGUCAGUCACGACAGUGGAUCACUUACAAAGCCAGUAAACUAGCUCCUCUGGUUUCCCUUUUAACCUCCUAAGACCUGGUGUCCACAUAUGUAGACAUCGUUUUUUUUUUUUUUCAAAAGCGUAUUGUUCAUAAUAAAAAAAAUGAUAAAAAUAACAAUAUAAAUCUAAUAUGAAUAUAAUAAAAUACAAAAAGAUAUUAGAUAUUAUGCGAUUAUUAUGUUUAUUGAUUACUCCUUAUCUCAAAUAAUGAGAAAAAAUCUAAAAUGCAAGCCCAGGCAAAGCUCGGGUCUUAGGAGGUGAAUGCAGUGGUGCAAAUAGCCACAGCUGAGGCAGCACUGACUCUCUGUAUUUGCAGCCACUGACUACAAGCUACAUGAUAUGUAGUAAUAAUAUGUAUUACAGUUCAGCUCAUACAGUUGUAAUUGCAGAUAGUCUGUGCGCCGUCAGCUGUGGCUGUAGCCAUUGUUACCAUUAUGUCUGUGACGUUCAUUUGUCAUGGUUGUAAUGCUGACUACAUGCAGCAGUAGUGUGUGCACAGUGGCAGGUUUGCUUUCUGAGUGUUGUAUUGAAACUACUGUAUUCCUGAACUGCUAUAUAAACUAACACAUCUGUCACAAAAACUAACAGCUAAAUAUAUCUAUAGCACCAAAAACUGAACCACAGCAGCAAUAAAAGUCACAACAUCAACCAUAUAUUCAGCUGCACCUGUGUUCACAGCCAGCAGCUGGAUGCCAUCAGACUGGCCUUUUAAAAGAAAUAAUGAGCAAUACAUGCAUCAAGUGUCACAUUGUCUGUCUUUUCCAGUGUUUCCGUAAACUGACAUUGUAUUAUUCAUAGACCUGUCCAACACAGUCUUCGUAUGGAUCAGAAGGAGUGAAAAGUGUAUUGCAAAGUAAUGCAAAACUAUUGCAAGUGAAUGCAAAUCAAAAAAAUCUUGUUGGCGCCCUUGCGGGGCUCUGUAGCGUCAGAAUAUCUUAAGUUUUUGUGUUGUUUUGAAGCAAGCAAAACUGUAUUUAUACUGGCACUAAAUUUUGUACUCAACGAAAUAAAACAAGAGAAACAAACAAUAAAGACUCUGUGUUUACAAUGUA